AUGCUGCUGCCUCGUUGGCAACACUGGCUGCUGCUACGAGCGGCGAGGCGACACGGCGUGGUCGCAGUGGCGCGUGCGACGCUGUUAAUCGUGCUGCUACUGCUGGCGGCGCAGCAGCUCAUGUUCAUGCGAACGCAGGACGCUUCGCUCGACGCCCCUGCGACGGUUGCGACGCCGGCCGGGUUACGCCGCGACGCCGGCGGCGGCAGCGUGGCCGAGCGACGAGCGCACAUGCUGCUGCUUUCGCGAGGUUCCCUUUCUUCCCCGUGCCCCUCCCUCCCCCACUUUCUCCUCCUUCCCAUCCCUCUCUUCCUGCCUCUUCGUAUUCACUCCUCUGUCCCAUCGGCCCCGCCCACCCUACUCCACCUCGUAGGCAAAGGGGCGAGGAGGGAAAAGGUGCGGCGGUUGAGGCAGUGUCUGCUGGCGGUGCAGGCGUAUCUGGGGGCGGCUGUGGAGUUCAGAGACAACGCGAUGGCGGAGCUGAGCAGGCGGGAGAUGAACCGCUGCCUGCUCCUGCUCUCCUCCUCCUCCCCGCUUCCCCUGCCGCUUCCCCUUCCCCUCCCUCUCCUCAACGCCUCCGCCUCUGCGCAUGCAGCUUCGGCGCUUGCUGAUGCCCUGGGGACGCUUGAUGGCGGCAGCAGCACCAGCACCAGCAGCAGCAGCAGCAGCAGCAACCGUCAUGGUGUUGGCAGCAGCAGUGGACGGGGCAGUAUUGCGGGUAGCAGACGUGGCAAGGAGAGAAGCGCGACAGCAUCUGCGGAGAGAAGCAGUGCGCUUGUGAAGCUGGAGGAGCGGCUGGGCGAGGCUGGAAGGCAGGCGGAUGCAGUGGUGCGGCAGAGCAUGCUGUUCAGCCACGUGGCCUCCACCGCCGUGCCUGCGCCGCUGCACUGCCUCUCCCUCCGCCUCACCCUCGCUGCUCAGAAUGCCUCCCUGCGCCGCUCGUGGCUUGCUCCUGCUGCGCCUGCUGCAGCAGCGCAGGUGGGGGCGAAGGAGGGGGGAGAUGAGGAGGAAGGAGAGGGGGAGGAUGGGGGCAAGGAAGAGCACGUGGGGAGUAAGGCGGGUGUGGUGAAGGGUGGAGAAGGGGAAGGAGGAGGAGACGGAGGAGGCAGAGGAGAGAAGGAAGAGGGAGACAGAGAGAGCGAGAAAGAUCGGGAGAGGGAGAGGGAGAGGGAGAGGGAGUGGAGGCGGCGGGUGGAGGAUCCAUCGUUGUACCACUACGUGGUGAUCACAGACAACGUGCUGGCAGCCAUGGUUGUUGUUAACUCCACCGCCUCACACGCCCGCCAGCCAUGGCGCCAUGUGUUCCACGUGGUAACGGACCGCAGCAACCACCCAGCGUUCACAGCAUGGUUCAGCGCGAACCCGCCCGCGCAUGGGCGCAUGGCGUGGGAGGUGCUCAGCAGCAGCAGCAGCGGCGGCAGCAGCAGCAGCAGCAGCGGCGGCGGUGGCAGCAGCAGCAGCAGCAGUGGUGGCAGCAGGGAGGACUAUGGGACGCUGAGGUUCCGCAACCCCAAGUACGUGUCGCUGUUCAACCACCUGCGCUUCUACCUGCCGCGCAUCUUCCCCCGCCUGCACACGCUGCUCUUCCUCGACGACGAUGUCGUGCUGCAACAGGACGUCUCACAUCUCUGGCAGGUGCCGCGAGAAGGGGCAGUGAACCUAGCGGUGCCCACAUGUGUUGGCCGCACGUACCACCGCUUCAGCUCCUACCUCAACUUCUCACACCCGCUGCUGCAACCACACACCAGCAGCAGCAGCAGCAGCAGCAGGAUUGAUGGGAGCAGCAGUGGCAGCAGCAGCAGCGGAGGUGGGGAGCGGUUGGGUGCGGGUGUGGAUCCGAACGGGUGUGCGUGGGCGUUUGGGUUCAACCUGUUUGACCUCAAGGCGUGGAGGGAUGGCAGAUACACCGACAAGUACCACUUCUGGCUCGCACAGAACGAGAACCGCACGCUGUGGCAGCUGGGGACGCUCCCAGCAGGCCUGCUCACCUUCCUCCACGCCACGCGCCCACUCCCGCGCUCCCUGCUCGCAGCCAGCCUCGGCAGCCGCAGCACGGUUCCUCUCAGUCGAGUGCGGUCGGCAGCGGUGCUGCACUACAACGGGCACGCCAAGCCAUGGCUCGACCUAGCGUUUCCAGAGUACGCGCACCUGUGGUGGCGAUACGUGCCACUGCACCACCCCCUGCUGCGCGCCUGCUACUUCUACCCACCGCCUCAGGUGGCGGCGGCAGCGCCGUUGCUGCCUGUGGCAGCUGCUGGAGCUGCUGCUGCUGCUGGAGCUGCUGGUGCUGCUGGUGCUGCUGGUGCUGGUGCUACUGAUACUGGUAAAGGUGGAGGUGAAGGUUGGAGCAUGCAGUAA